GCGUCGCAGUUCAGAAAAGCCCAUCAGCCAAGUGAGAGGAAAUAGGAAGUUACGCACGGUAAGCCGGAAGUUACGAUCAGUCAUCCGGAAGUUAUUCUGUUGCUGCUGUUUCAACGUGAGAAAGGAUUUCAAGUGCACAGCUGUCAUGUGGCCUAUAGUCUGGACUGCGGCGAGGACCUAUGCCCCAUACAUUACCUUUCCUGUGGCUCUUGUGGUCGGAACUGUGGGCUAUAACUUAGAGUGGUUCAUCAGAGGGACCCCUAAAUCCCGAGAGGAAGAGAAGGGAAUCCUGGAGCUCAGGGAGGAAAGAAAGCUUCAAGAACAAGCAGGCAUUGACAGUACAAAAGUUCUUAGCUUAAAAGAGAAAAUGGAAUUUGCCCCAAAAGCAGCACUGAACAGGAACCGACCAGAAAAGAGCUAAGUUCUGCAGGACCUAUAGACUAUAGUAUUUGCACACUCUCAGCAGGAGGAUGUUGCACUGGGAGAUUAAAGAAUGUGGAGAGCCAAGAUCUUGUUUGUUUCCAAUCCAAACCCACUCUCUUAAUUUUGUCCAUGACUGUGGUCAUCUAAUGUACAUGCAUUGAAAAUAGGAUGGAUAUUAAAUCAAGAACGAGCCAAAUGGAAUUCUGAUUUGUGCAUAUGCUGUGAUUGUCCUUUUUCAUGCCCUGAUAAGUACCUGAAACAAUUAAAGUAUUCUGACUACAGACAUUCGUCAAAUUCCACUCGUCCAAUAUAAGGAAUUUGCAAUAUUAUCCUAUGUCUAGUUUACUCACACAAAUUCCUAGUUUCAUGGCACAGGACUAUCACAUGUUCUUUUUCUUGGAAGUCUCUCAUUUUUGUGAAAAAGUCCAACUAUGACCAUUAAGCUGGAGGAUGAAAGACUAACCUCUGUUAUCCUCUUUGUUGUAUGUGACUAAAUAAUCCCGCAGCGUGGGAGGUCUUUGUGGUGUUUGAAGCUUUUUAGUCCUUCUGUCCGACACAUCUACAUAAAAGCAUAAUUUUUGAAUGCCUGUAUGUAUUAGGGUAAACCAAAAUUGUAUUUAUGUAACAGAAAAUGUGAAUAAUAAAUUAUGUUUCUACUGAA